AAUCAUAUGCAAAUGAGCAGGAUCCUUGGCCCCCGCCGCCCCUGCCACCGCCACCGCCGCCGCCGCCGCCGCGAAGACGCUGCUUUUCCCGGAUCCCAGCCCAGACGGCGGCGAGUCGGGCGGCCCGCGGGGGGACCGGGAGGAGGAGGAGGAGGAAGAGGCGGAGGCAGCGGCGAGGAGGAGGAGGGGGGGAUAAUCCCAAUCAGUCUCCAGCUCCGAAGUAGACAUGGUGGACUGAUCCCAAGCAGGGCAGGGAGCAGGAUUUCCUGAACGCCGCCCCCCUGCACCAGCCCCCGUGUCGGGGUCCCCUCUCCCGUGCACCCCGCCUGUCCCCGUGCCGUGCAGUGCCGUGCGGUGCCCUGCCCGCUGCCCGCGGGGCUCCCGGGGCCGGGCUGUCGUUGUGUUCCCGCCCGGUACCUCCUGCCCGGUCCCUAUGGAGGAGCUGUACCCCGGGGGGGCCGCCGACGACCAUGCCUAGGAAAGCCGGGAAUGGGCAGCUGCCGCUCCCCCAGGGCUGGGAGGAGGCCAGGGACUACGACGGCAAGGUUUUCUACAUCGAUCACAACACCAAGAAGACCAGCUGGAUUGACCCCCGGGACAGGUUAACCAAACCCCUCUCCUUUGCGGAUUGUGUUGGAGAUGAGCUACCGUGGGGAUGGGAAGCAGCAUUUGACCACCAGAUUGGUGUCUACUACAUUGACCACAUCAACAAAACCACACAGAUAGAAGAUCCUAGGAAGCAAUGGAGGAGAGAACAAGAGAGAAUGUUGAAAGACUACCUGAUGGUGGCCCAAGAUGCUCUCAGCACACAGAAGGAGCUGUACCACGUGAAAGAGAAGAGGCUCGCUCUGGCUCUGGAUGAGUAUGUGCGCCUCAAUGAUGCUUACAAGGAGAAGUCGAGUUCCCGCACAAGCCUGUUCUCAGGAUCUUCAUCCAGCACUAAGUAUGACCCUGAUAUUCUGAAGGCAGAGAUCUCCACUACACGGUUAAGGGUUAAAAAGCUGAAGCGAGAGCUCUCACAGAUGAAGCAAGAAUUACUGUACAAAGAACAAGGCUUUGAAACCCUGCAACAAAUUGACCAGAAAAUGUCUGGAGACCAUAGUGGGUAUGAACUCAGUAAGGCCAAAGCUAUUCUAACCGAAAUGAAGUCCAUCAGAAAGGCCAUUAGCUCAGGAGAGAGAGAGAAACAAGAUCUAAUGCAGAGUCUUGCUAAGCUACAGGAGCGGCUUCAUUUGGACCAAAGCAUUGGGAGAUCAGAACCAGACUUAAGAGCCAGCUCUGUGAGCUCUCAUUUAUCUCUCUCCAGACAGACUCUCGACGCUGGGUCACAAACAGGCAUCUCGGGAGAUUUUGGAGCAAGAAGUAGAGCCAACUUAGCGGAAAAGGUCAGGUUAAGUCUCCGAUAUGAAGAAGCCAAAAGAAGCAUGGCCAAUUUAAAAAUUGAGCUAUCCAAGUUAGACAAUGAGCCCUGGCCUGGGGAUUUGGAUGUCGAGAAGGAGAAACUGAUGCUGAUUAAUGAAAAAGAAGAAUUUUUGAAAGAGCUUCAAUUUGUUACACCUCGAAAACGUAGUCAGGUUGAGUUGGACUACCUGGAAGGCCAGAGGAGGCUUCUAGAGGAAGAGCUUCUGUCCGUGAGAAACACACCCAGUCAAGCCCUCGCUGAGAGGCUAAAGUUGGAAGAAAGAAAAAAGGCACUGCUACAAAGACUUGAAGAAACUACGAAAUUAACUACUUAUUUGCAUUCACAGAUUAAAAGUCUCUCUGCCAGUACAUUGUCCAUGUCUUCAGGGAGCAGUCUGGGAUCGUUGGCAUCCAGUCGGGGAUCUCUGAACACCUCUAGUAGAGGGUCGCUCAAUUCCCUCAGUUCCACGGAGCUCUAUUAUAACAACCAAGGGGAUCAAAUUCCAGACUUGGAUUAUCAGUAUAAACUAGACUUUCUAUUACAAGAAAAAAGUGGUUACAUUCCUUCUGGACCCAUUACCACCAUUCAUGAAAAUGAGGUGGUGAAAUCCCACAGCCAGCUGGGCUACAGUGACUCAUCUGGAUCCUCGGCAGCAGGCCAUGCUCCAAAAUUGACUGAGCCGCCCAAAUCUGUGACGUCCCUCUCCUCCAGAUCUUCCCUGUCCUCCCUGUCGCCUCCUGGUUCUCCUCUAGUUCUGGAAGGUACUUUUUCUAUGUCUGCGCAGGAUCCUCCUCUCCACCAGCUCACCGCAGACUUUGAAGACUGUGAAUUGACUAGCCAUUUUGCAGACAUUGGCCUUACCGAAAAUCAGAUGCUGCUGGACUCAGAUGCAGGAAUAGCAUCAGAGGCUCUUGCAGAGGACAAAGAUGUUAAUGAAGGUGUUAGGGAGUCUUUAUCACCAUUAAGUGAAGGAACUGCAGGUAUUGAAGAGCAAUUGCCAAGGAGGACAGUAGGCCACUUACUUGAGGAGAAAACGGCUUGCGUGUCUGCUGCUGUGUCUGAUGAGUCUGUGGCUGGAGACAGUGGGGUCUAUGAAGCGUCCGUAAAACAACCUGGUGAAAUUGAGGAUGUUCUCUAUUGUGAAGAUGAUGCUUUGAUUUUAGAGACUGCUCAAGUGCAGAUAGGACUCAGAUAUGAUGUUAAGAGUUCCAGUUUAAUGGUGAUUGUAGUACAACUCCGAAACCUUCAUGUCCUCUCUAUAUCUCAGAGCUCAAGAGUGUAUUUUAGGAUUACAGUACUUCCCCCCUCAGCAGACAUCAGCUGUCUCUUUCGCACAAAAGUCCAUCCUGCUGAAGAAUUCAUUUUGUUUAAUGAAAUAUUCAGAGUGACCAUUUCCCCGGCAGCACUGCAACAGAAGACCUUAAGGGUGGAUGCCUGUUCUGUGAGCAGAGACCCACGGGAAGAAUGCCUGGCCGGAACUCAGAUCAGCCUAGCAGAUUUUCCCACUGCAGAUGAAUUUUUCACUUUGUGGUAUAACUUGCUACCUUGCAAGGAGAUUCCAUACAGAGAAAAUGAAGAAGGUGAAGAAGUCGGGUUUCACCAGAGCCAGCCUUCACUGGGCCCCUUAGACCUGCACGCUGUGUCUGCUUUGCUGGAAAGAACAUCAGCUGAGCUACAGUCUGUAGAGCAGGACGUGUUGAUAGAGGCGGAGGAAGAGGAAGAAGAGGAAGAGGAGGAAGAAGAACUGGGCCACCAGAAAGAAUCAAGGAGUCUUGAUGAAUAUUGGUUAGAAAUGUUAGCAGAGACCUCAGAUGAGCACGUGGCCAAGGAAGAAGCAGAACCUAAACUGUUGGAGGGGAGUGACUUUACAGAAGACCCCGGGCUGUGCAUAGUUGUGCCUAGGCCGAGUGAGGAUGAGAGCGAGAAAGAGACCAGCCAUGCCGAAGACCCUCGGAGUCAGCUCCCUACUGCCAUGCCCAGCCUGGUUGAUAAAGAGACAAAUACCGAGGAAGCAUUUCGUGAAAAUAUGGCCGUCCGACCUAAGGACCGUUCCAGCCUGAGUGCUCGGCAGCAUCCCUUUGUGAGAAACAGCAUGAUCGUGCGCUCCCAAACCUUUUCUCCAGGCGAGCGGAACCACUACAUCUGUAGGUUAAACCGAAGUGACAGUGACAGUUCCACAUUGGCUAGAAAAUCCCUCUUUGUGAGAAAUGCAGCAGAACGCCGCAGCUUGAGGGUCAAGAGGACCGUUUGCCCGCCAGUCCAUAGAAGAUCAGCACGAGAACACCCCCCACGCACAUCUCUUGACUUAGAGCUGGACCUUCAGGCAUCUUUGACCCGGCAGAGCCGCUUAAAUGAUGAACUGCAGGCCCUGCGAGAUUUGCGGCAGAAGCUGGAGGACAUGAAGGCCCAGGGAGAGAAGGCUCUUUCCGCGGCUGUGCUCGAGGAUGAGAGGUUCCAGAAACUCUUGAAACAAGCUGAAAAACAGGCUGAACAGUCCAAGGAAGAACAGAAGCAAGAUUUGAAUGCUGAGAAACUGAUGAGGAAAGUCUCCAAGGAUGUGUGUCGGCUUCGGGAGCAGAGCCAGAAAGUACCCCUCCAGGUGCAGUCAUUCAGGGAGAAGAUCGCCUAUUUUACCAGAGCAAAGAUUAGCAUCCCAUCCUUGCCAGCUGAUGAUGUGUAAAUUACAAAUUUUGAAUCAUUCUCCCACCUGCUCAUGCUGAGACAAGUGAAAGGGGUGAACUUUUUUCUUUGGGUUUUUUUUUUGGUAACCAGUUCUUUCAGAUCUUUUAUUUUGCAUCAGACUAUAGAUGUGUUUAUUUGUAAAAUACCAUAAAUUUAAUUGUAUGUUUAAAAAAAAAGAAAAAAAUCUAAUGUCCAAAAUGGAAUAAUUCUGGUACACAGGUGGUGUGCAUUGCAUGUGGGCUUUUAUUUUGUAAAGAUGGAGUAGAGGCAAAUACCCAGCGUGUACCCUGUUGAACUGCACUGUUGAGAAAUACUGUAUUCAGAAAUUUCUCUCUUCCCCUGUUUUCAUGUGAGUAGACUGUGAAGAUGGCAACCGUGCCAUGCAAUAUUUUUAUACAAGAAGAGUAUAACUCUUUAAGUUUGAUUUCAAACAUGCAUCUAAUAAGCUUCUUUCCAGGGCUGCAAGGCCGUCCCAAACAGGUGCUGGGGUAAUUUCUAUCACUUAUAUUGGAACAUUUUGUUUCCUUAAAAGAUUCCUUUUUUUUUUUGGCCUUUUAUAUUUGUCUAAGUAAAACAGUUAACAUUGGAGUACUGAGUGCAGGAAUAAACAUAACUCUGUGAAUGUACAAUACUUUUGGCUGCACUAAAGAUCUUGUGAGUUGUUAUUUCAUUAAAGGGAGGAGAAUACUGAAAGAGGAUAGCAAAAUAACUAAAAUUCAGGAAAAUAAAACCACCUUGGUGGGCAGCUGCUUCUUAAAACUUGAGGGUGAAUUUACACAAGUGUUCACAGCCCUGCCACUUCCAGGUAUAAUCACUGUUACAAACACCAGUCAUGUUUUGCCAUAAGCAUCAUAGUAUUAGUAACUAGAAGAAUGUGGCAUGAUUUCAUUUCUAAUGCCAUUGGUAUUAGUGAGGCAGAGAAAAGUUACCAACCAAAAUUUAAGAGAAAACCAAUGACCAAGAACCAGGAUAUCUUUCCUGUUGAGAUCUAAAUCGUGACCCAAAAGAAAAGCACUAUUGCAGAAUUCAAGGAUUUUACUAGAAUCCAUCUGUAAUCCUUAUUUUUGAAGGGACUUAAACCAAUGCUUCACAGACAAGAAUGUUUGGAAGUCUGGAGGGUUUUUUUUUCAUUUUGCAGAAAUUCACCCCAAGUAAUUGUGUUUCUUUGUUUGCUUUUAAACUAGAUCCAGAUAAACAAGUAUCCAGAAAUAAAUCUGAGUUAGGUGUCUGCCACAAUAGAACCUUUAACUUUACUUUAAACAGAUCCUUUUUAAAAGUAGCAAGCUCUUAGGAUAGCUCUUCCAGGAUCACUAUUGUAAAUGGCCGGGCUUUUAAAAGAAAAACACUAUAUGCAAUUGUAAAUCAAAUUAAUAUCAGCCUCUUUACCAUCCACUCUCUCAUUUCUGACAAAACAAUAUUUUAAAAACCUUAAUGUGAGAGAAACCUAAAUCAGUUUUAUCUGGGAUGUAAAAUCACAUUCAAGAAAAAGGUUUCCUAUUUGGGGUGGUUUUGAACCAGGGCUUUUAUUCCUAAGCUAGCAUCCUUACAAACAGGUAACUUAUCUUGAAAAGAACUUGUGUGUGUGUGUGUGUGUGUGUGUGUGUGUGUGUGUGUGUGUGUGUGUGUUGAUCAAAAAUCAAGACCAGCAAAUUCUGUACCUAUAACUUGUGCACAAAGAUCACUUAGCCAUGUUUUUAAGCUGUUGAUGUACCAGUACAUUCAAAGCAAAGUGAUGCAAAUUGUUUUUUUUUAAAGACAUAACUGGAUUGCUUUGAAUAAGUGAAUGAACUAAGAUUUUCCAAGGUUGCCCACUUAAUUCUGUCUUUUUAAGAUAACAAAAAAACAACAAAAAUAAAUACCAUUCAUCCUCGUAAGGUCAAAUGUGAACGGCAGAAGUUUUAAAGUUUAUUUAAUAUGAGGUUAAAUGAAGGUCGACUGUUUUCAACUUCUUAGUCUGAUUCUGUAAAAUGUGUUUAGAAGGAUGUGUAGUUGUGCUGUAUGAUUUUAUUUUCUUCAUUUAUUUAUUUACAGUCUUAUUUAUGUUCUGUUUAAUAUAGUUCAGUUCUGGCCAUUUAAAAUAUCUGACAUGAAAGAGACCGUAUUGGAUCAUUUUUAGCUUUAUGAAUCCUCCCAUGUUAGCUAUUAAUUAUAUAUGAUUUUAAAAAAAGAUUUGGAGGAGUGGUAAAGAGUAAAAACUAUCUCAGGCUAAUUGUUAAUAGGAAUGGCCAAGAUCAAGAUUUUUAAAAAGAUUUUUCCAAAUGUACUCAUUUUACAAAUGAAAGACAAACAUUUUUAACAUAUUCCCUUUUCCCUCUCUCUGAAAAUCAGCCAUAGUGUUACAUACAUAUUUAUGGGCAGCUUUUAACAAUUUUGUUAUUUUUGUACUAACCCAAAUUAUUCACAGUGAAAAAAAGUUAAUCAAUUGAUCAAAAAAUGGAUAAACACGAAUUUUAAUCUUACAAAUAUUUAAAAGUAGAAUUUACUCUUGAAAGAGUAUAACGAAUGUAAUAUUUAGAUCUCAUGUUUCAGUUAUCAGUAUGUUACUACAGUUUUGCCUAUCAGAAUCUAAGUAUUACAGGUACAAGAACAAUAUUAUUAUUAGCCAAAUGAACAAAGUUUAGCCGAAUUUUGUAGACUACAAAUCAAUUAAUUUUAAAAAUCUUUUUUUUGCUAUUGCUUUGUCUAUAUUGUAUUAAAUAUCAAAUGCUCAGGACUGAACUAAAUAUUUAAUCAGGUUAAAUUCUGAAUGUGUUUUCUGUUCUAAUUUGUCUUGUUUGUAAAAGUAUGCAAAUACAUCACAUAGAUUAACUUUUGUCUCUGCACUUUCCAUGUGUUUGUGAUUGGGAAAAAAAAUACAGUUUUUUAACAAAGAUACUCAUUGCCUGGUAUUUUAUUCCAGCA